AUGUCCAAAGCUAAGGCUGCACCCCCGCCUGGGUGCACGCUAAACAUCAAUGAUCCUCAGAUCCAAGAGGCUGCCAUUCGCAUCCAAGCCUCUUUCCGAGGCCACAGAUCUCGUAAAGAGCUGCGGGAGAAAGGUCCUCCCAAGAUCUUACAGGAACUCAAAGAUGUGGUUCUCCUGGAGGGGAGUGCUGCAAAGCUGGAGUGCAGGGUUAGCGCUUUCCCAGAUCCAUUCAUCGUCUGGUACAAAGAUGGCAAAGAGUUGAAAGACGGCUCCAAAUACCGCUAUGUUUUUGAAGACCCAGAUUUUGUGGCACUGGUGGUUCGGGAUGGAGAACUAUCUGAUCUGGGGAAAUACACUGUUACCAUCAAGAACCCAUUUGGACAGACAUCUGGAUCUGCUUGUAUCCUAGUGGAGGUCCCUGCUAAGGUUUCCAAAGGCCCAGACAACAUCAAGGCUAAGAAAGGAACAACAGUGACACUCAAAGCUGAAAUAAGUGGAGAGCCUCCACCAGAUGUUGCCUGGCUCAAAGAUGGAGAUGACAUUGAGGAGGAUGACAGGGUAUUUUAUGACAUUGGAGAAACCAACACAAUCUUGACCAUCAAACAUGCAAAGAUGUCCGAUGCGGGCAAGUACGAAGUGUUUGUGGAGAACAACCUUGGCACAGACCAGUCUUUUGCUCGUGUUGACAUCCUCUGA